CAAAUCUAUAUAAGAAAGUUAUAGCCGAACUAUUAGGCCCUAACAAUAACAAUCCAAUUAAUAAUAUUGCUUCUUCUUAUAAUCUAUUACAAAGUUACCAAAUCCAAGUCGAGAUUACUAAUCAAUUCCUUCACCAAUCCAAAAGAAUGGAAAAUAGAAAAGCAUUAUUAUGGUAUGCUUAUUAUUUGGAAAGCAUACUAGAAAACAUGUCAUCGGAUAAAAGACCAUCCUGUACAAAGCAACUUUCCCGAUAUUAUGCUACUGUAGCUGUUCGAACUUACUACAUUUUUCGUAAAUGGAGAAUUGCCAGAAUUGAUCAAACGAUAAAAUUAACACUUCCAAUGAUCUAUGAAUUGAAGGCAAAGGAUUAUCAAAGAAUUGUAAACUAA